GGCAUCUGCUUUUAGAGCAUAAGAAUUUCAAUGUCAUUAUUAAACAAUACAUUUCAUCUGUUUUCUCGCCACAAGUGAUGUCUUAUGUUAUGAUUAAUGACAAAAAAUCUCAAUCCAAGCCAAUUGUCUGAAGACUACAUUUCAGCGCAUCAUCCCUUCAGAGGGCGCUCCGCAUCACAGGUAUUACAGGACGACUCAACCCUUACCUCCGUUAAGAUAUGGGGUAUCAAACAGUUGGGCCGAUCCUCCAAAGUGUCCGACAAAUCCAAUACAAGCGACACAUUUAUUACCGAAAAACUCAAAUCGAGUAACACUUUAAAAGUGCAUAAAUGGCAUCUCUGGAGACGAUUCUUUCGGCUCCGGGACGACGAUGUGAUGACUCGCAAAGAGGUUAGUGUCAGACAUGACUUCAUAUUGAUUUACGAUUAUUAA